AAGACAGCCACAGAGGAGGUCAUGGAACAGUUCCUCCUUUCCGUGGGGCUGCUUGUGUGCCUCGUUUGCCUGGUGAAGUGUGUGAGGUUCUCCCGGUACCUUUUUCUGAGCUUCUGCAAGGCUUUACCAGGGUCUUUCCUGAGAUCAAUGGGACAAUGGGCAGUGAUCACCGGAGCAGGCGAUGGCAUCGGGAAAGCCUAUUCAUUUGAGCUGGCCAGACAUGGACUCAAUGUUGUACUUAUCAGCCGGACACUGGAAAAGCUACAGGUCAUCUCAGAAGAGAUUGAGAGGACCACUGGAAGCCGUGUGAAGGUUGUACAAGCAGAUUUUACCAGAGAAGACAUCUAUGACCAUAUUGAAGAACAACUUAAAGGCUUAGAAAUAGGAGUUUUAGUCAACAAUGUUGGAAUGCUCCCCAACCUGCUCCCAAGUCAUUUCCUGAGCACGUCCGGUGAGAGCCAGAGUGUCAUCCACUGCAACAUUACCUCCGUAGUCAAGAUGACACAGCUUGUUCUCAAACACAUGGAAUCAAGGCGGAGAGGCCUCAUCUUGAAUAUUUCUUCGGGAGUAGCCCUUCGUCCCUGGCCUCUGUAUAGCCUGUACUCAGCUUCCAAGGCUUUUGUGUGCACAUUUUCCAAGGCUUUGAAUGUGGAAUACAGAGAUAAAGGAAUCAUUAUCCAGGUGCUGACCCCUUAUUCUGUUUCAACCCCAAUGACUAAGUACCUAAAUACCAGCAGGGUGACCAAGACCGCCGAUGAGUUUGUUAAAGAAUCCUUGAAAUAUGUCACGAUUGGAGCUGAAACCUGUGGCUGCCUUGCUCAUGAAAUCUUGGCGAUAAUUCUGAACCUGAUUCCUUCCAGAAUCUUCUACAGCAGCACCACCCAAAGAUUUCUCCUGAAGCAGUUCUCAGAUUACCUGAAGAGCAACAUCAGCAACAGAUAGUGGGGAAAGGGAGUGGGGGUGGGUAGAGUUAGGGUUGGGUGGGAGUAGGGUGAGCGUGGGCUGGAGGGAGAGUUGAGGAGAUCGAGAGCUCUUCCUUGGUGGUAGUCGUCGGCCAGAGGGCGACGGUCCUUUACCUCCCGAAAGGGAGCCUGUCACGCCCCAGGCAGUG